AUGUAUGAAAUUAUUUUUCUUUUGAUAGAGAACUCUGAUAUUAAUAUUCAUUUACCUAAAUUAAUAGAAUAUGGAUAUAUUGAAUUAUUAUUAGAUAUAAUUAAUUAAUUUAUAAAUCUUGAAAAUAAACAUUUUACUAUUUACUAAAAUAACCAAUUAAUAAUUAAUGAAAAAUUAACUGUCAAACUAUUAGAUACUAUUAAAUAUUUAUUUUAGUUGCUUAAAAUUUAUAGUGAUAAAUUUUUGGAGCUGAAUUAAAACUAUUAAAAAUAAAUCAAUUAAAUGUUUGAUGAAAAUGAAGAAGGUAACUAAAAUAUUAAACACUGGCUGUACUCUAUUUAUUAAAUUUUUAGCUAAUUUACCUAUAUUAAACCAUAAAUAUAAACAAUUAGUAAAAAUAUUCAAUCUAUUUAAGAAAAAAUUCAAGAGAUUGAAGAAUUAUAAAUAAGCUUUAUCUAAAUAGAAAAAAAAUGA